CAAAAUCAGCCACUCUGCUCGCGCUGCGCUCUCGUUUGCCUUGCAGGAACCUCAUAGUGCGCUUUAGCGGAAGGUGUGCAAGCAGAAAAAGAUUGACUUUUGCUACGUGUUGCUCAAUGAAUCUCCAGUUCCAAUCUCCGGAGUUCUCCCGAGCUUGUAUACUACAAUUUUGGCGACCCUGCCGAGGCACGUUCAUCAGGAGUCCUCUGUCACUGGUCCAAUGAAGGUAAUGUCGAAAACAAUCGACAAAGCCGAUGACGAAAGUAAUUUUGAUGCCAAUGACCCGACGUCAAAGCUCGCCGCUUCGCUCGAUGUGUUUUCACGGACAUUGCAGAAAAUGUCGACUUCACCAACUUCUUCAACCAGCAUGCCAUCUAUCACGCCGCCAGAAGGCUUUGCCUUGGGGAUGCUGUACCCCAGGUGGGAAAAGCAAGUCCAGUUUUAUCUGCGUCAUUUCCCAGCCAACCAACAGACAGCUGUGCUCGCCGGCCUGCUCUCGGGAGAGGCCUUUGAUAUUGUUGCCGACAGUAAACUUUUGGAGAACGAAGUAACAACCGAGACUUUUUCCGCCGUGCGCCGCUUACUAGCCAGCCCCGGUCUACCUGCAUGCCACGCACGUUACCAAUAUCCGUGGGAAACCAUCCGCACAUACGUUCGCGAGCUGCAGAGUAUGGUCGAUAUCGCAUACGAGAACGAAACGGCAGACGAAUGUGAAAAACUGGUCUUCGUACAACUCCUAGAGGGCAUUCAAACGCCGUCUACUAAAAGGGAGUUUCUGCGAUACCCUCCCCGCCGUUUGGACGCAGCCUUGGAAACAGGUGACCAUUUGGAAGAAAUAGACGCAGCGAUAGGUACACCUACAUCUGGCUGUUUUGCUUUAAGAGGGAACACACGACCCAGACGCGUCCUACCCGAAAGAAUGACUGGAAACCCUGACCGUCUUCAGAGAUAUCCUGCCUCACAACGACCGGCACCAUCAGGUUUUCGGUGGCCCCGCAGACAAACGUCAUACCGCGGAUCGUCUCGCUACAGGAACACGCCAGUUUGGUCGUCUAUCCUGAAGUCACUUCGUCGAAAACGGCUAUACAUGACUUGGAUAUUUAUACUCGCUCAAGAGCAAGUCGACGUUGAUCAAACACGAAGUAUAUGUAAACGAGUGGACGGCAGCGGUUGCACACGCGUUCGAUUGGCGCGCAACUGUGAUCCCGACUUUUCUUCUUUGUUUGCCUCAUUCAGCCUGUGGGCGUAUUGAAUAACCGAAAUGCCAUGUUGAACUACGCAUGACGCGGCAUAUAACAGUGUCUUCGGGCUCUGAUGAACUUGGAAUCAUUCACCAUCAGUUCGUGUGGAACAAGUAUUUCUGUGCUGUUUUGCUUAUGUAGAAUGAAGAACCUCUGGUCUCCAACUUCGCACCCAUCACACCGAAAUUUCUAUACUACACUGUGCGUAUCGCCACAUCUUGUAAAUCCGGAUCUCCCAGUGUGUUAACCUACAUCAUGUACUUCUUUGGAAACGAGGUAACUGUCAUUUGACAACGACUUGGACAUAGGAUCUAUAUCUGACACUUGCGAUUGGAUCCGAAGGAUUCACGCUCUUUUAUUCUUUGUAUCCAGCGUCGCAACUUGUCAACGAUAUCAGGCUCUGUGCAUCCUGGUAUGUUUUUUCUCAUAAUGGAAUCUGUUGAGGACAUGAUUGUUGCUUAUAAGGUAACAUACCCAGGACCGCUCGCGCGAAUGGUGUGUUCGCUAUCUUAUACUUCUCAUGCACGCCACGCCAGUUCACUUGUCUGACCAAGUUGUUAGUCAUGCAAGUAAGCAUGACGUUCCGCACACUUUCUGAAAUUGUCCGGCCGCUUACGUUGGAUAAAUAGUGCACCUACGAAUAAGUGAAAUUGCAUGAGACUUACCAUGCUGUUCAUGAAUUCAGCGUUCUCCAGUGCAUUGUUUAAAAAUGACAGUUGCGCUAUUGUGU